UUAAAGCGCUUGUCAGAUGUGAGUCUGCAAGACAACGUGGACCCGGAUUCAAGCUUUUACAAGGAGGCACACAUCACAGCUUUAAUACAAAGUGUUAGUUGCGCAGACGCGUAGCAAGGUCUCUGCGCGGCCAGCUGGAAGCUUCGGCGGGUGUUUUUCACAAGCUGCAAUCGCGUGUUUUUUUUUGAGAAGUAGGUAGCUUAGCUUUAGCCGCCACUACUGUUAGCCUGUGAGCUGCAGAGCAGGUCAGAGUAGGAGGGAGGAAUCCGCUUCAUGGCAAUGACUGCAGAGGAGCAGACAGGUGAAGGACAACACACCAUCCCGAUGGAGGGAGAGGACAUCACGCAGAAGAAAGAUGGGGGUGUUUUGAAGCUGGUGAAAAGGGAAGGCACUGGCACAGAGCUGCCUAUGACCGGUGACAAAGUGUUUGUCCAUUACGUGGGCACGCUUCUGGAUGGCACUCAUUUCGACUCGAGCAGAGACCGAGGAGAGAAGUUUUCCUUUGAGUUGGGCAAAGGUCAAGUGAUAAAGGCGUGGGACAUCGGCGUAGCCACCAUGAAAAUCGGAGAGUUGUGCCAGCUCAUAUGUAAGCCAGAGUAUGCUUAUGGAUCUGCAGGGAGCCCACCCAAGAUACCCCCCAGUGCCACUCUUGUUUUUGAGGUUGAACUAUUUGAAUUUCGGGGUGAGGACAUAACUGAGGGUGAGGAUGGAGGAAUUAUCCGCCGCAUUAUUACUAAAGGGCAAGGAUAUUCAAAGCCUAAUGAAGGAGCUGCUGUUGAAGUUACUGUGGAGGGGUCCUGCGAGGGCCGUGUGUUUGAUGAGAGAGAAUUAAAGUUUGAGAUUGGGGAUGGAGAGAGUCAGGGCUUGCCAGUCGGUGUGGAGAAAGCGAUCAUGGCUAUGGAGGAGGGGGAGGAGGCGUUCUUCAUCAUGAAGCCCAAGUAUGGCUUUGGGAAUACAGGAAAUGCCAAGUAUAACAUUCCUGGCGGAGCAACGCUGCAGUACAAGAUCAAGCUGACAGCCUUUGAAAAGGCUAAGGAGUCGUGGGAGAUGAACACAGUAGAGAAACUGGAACAGAGCGUUAUUGUCAAAGAGAAGGGAACACAGUAUUUCAAGGAGGGAAAAUACAAGCACGCGUCAGUGCAGUACAAACGGAUCGUCUCAUGGCUGGAACAUGAGGCUGGUUUGUCAGAGGAGGAUGAGAAGAAAGGGAAGGCUCUGCGGCUGGCUGCGCAUCUCAACCUGGCCAUGUGCUUCCUCAAACUUCAGGAGCCAAACCAAGCCCUGGAGAGCUGUGACAAGGCUCUGGAGUUGGAUGAAUCCAAUGAGAAGGCUUUGUUCCGGAGGGGAGAGGCACUGUUUGGUAUGAAGGAGUUCGACAGGGCAAGAGAUGACUUCCAACAAGUCGUCCAGCUGUAUCCUGCCAACAAGGCUGCCAAGACCCAGGUUGUUUUUUGUCAAAAGCGCAUCAAGGAGCAGCAUGAGAAGGACAAACGCAUCUACGCAAACAUGUUCGAAAAAUUCGCAGAGAGGGAUUCUAAGGUGAAAGAAAGAAGCGGAGAGGGGGAAGCCUGCUAAUAAGGAGGACAGGGAUGAAGAGAUGGAGAUUGAGAACGGAGAAAAAGAAGUUGCGAGUGAAACGAAGGUUUAGGCGAUGAUGUGACCGUUAUGGUUCAUCUGUACUUAAGACUUUUGUAACUUCAGCAAUUUGUGGGAAAAAAAAAAAAAAUUAUGUGGGUGUGUGUGUGUGUAUGCAUAUGUGAAGAGGAGUAUGAGUGUGUGAGUAUGAGCAUGUUAACGCAAGCACUGACUUUGGGGCACGUCUUCUCUGGCUUUCUUUGUGUCCAAGCUGUUUGCUGUGGCUACUCGCCGGAUGGGUGGGGCUUUCUCCGGCUUGAUGGCACUGUGGGUCGAGGUUUAAACAAAAAAAAAAAAAAAAAAGUGUAACACCACCGUCAACCCUUUCAACCCACAGCUUUGAACUGUGCAUGUGUUUUCACAGCAUUUUGGGAAGGAAAAAAAAAAAAAAAGUGCAUCCAAGUGUUAAGUGCGAAAUGUCAAAUCCCCACCCGUUAAGGGCUAGACCAUUCACAUUGCACUACCCUCUGUCCUAUACCCCCCCUCCUCACACCUUUAUGCUCUCCAUCCGACCCUCCUCUCAUGGGCCUACUGAUCAAUUUCCGGAGGUGUGAUGGUUGUGUGCAUAGAUGUGAUGUGUGUGAGUGUCCCAAAGUACGUAUGUAGCAGCACUGUGGACAGGUGGAGAAAUAAAGACUAUAGCCUUUAAUAGCUAGUCGGACUUGAAUCUUCUCUAAAGACGGAGCUCCCCUUUUAGCCCCCCCCCCCCCAGAGUUCAACAGGACUGUUCACCAUUGCUUCGGAAAUAUUGACUUUGUAUUUUUUUCCAGUGUUGUGCUUGUGAUUUCUGUACUGUUCUUUUAAGUAAUGGAUUCAACCAAUUACAUAACUGGAAUAUAUGUGUUUUUUAAAGCAGCUACAAAUGACAUGAAUUAGAUUCUUCACACACUUAAGUAAUGGAAAGUUUAAAUAUUAGUCUUAAUUUACUGUCAAGAUGACAUGUAUGGAAAUAUGCUGUUCUGGCUCAUCAGUUUCAGGCUGUUUAAGACGGUACACCACAGGACGACGGCAGCCCAGUUUAUUUGAGUCGGGGGGAAGGUUGUGUUGAGUUUUAUCUUUUUUUCCGGUUGGACAUGUCACUGUUUGUUCUACCCUGACGGAAAGAUACAAUAAAAUAUAGCUACAACUUGA